GCUACAGCUAGUAAACCAUUGCCUGAUGAUGAAGGUCAACAAAUUGGUGAUUAUAUCAUCGGUAAAAUUAUCGGUAGUGGAGGUUUCUCUACUGUAAAGGAAGCUAUUAGAAUGGAUGACUAUUCUGGAAUGGAAAAAGUUGCCGUCAAAAUCGUACCAAAAAAUCAAGAAUCGGACUGUAAUGAUCGUAUUCAGGUUCUCCUUGAAAGAGAAAUUAGUAUUUGGCGCUCUCUUGAUCAUCCAAAUAUACUUCCAAUGAUCUCUUUCCAAGAGGACGAAUAUGCUACCUAUGUGUUUUCCGAAUUUUGCCCUGGUGGCACUCUUUUGGACUUUGUAAGGAAAAAUAGUAAAGGUGAACAUAAAGGACUGGAUGAAGAUGAUGCCCGUAAUAUCUUCCUACAAAUUGCUGAAGGUGUAAGAUAUUUACAUAAUGAUAUGAAACUAGUGCACAAAGAUAUAAAAUUAGAUAAUAUUUUAUUAGAUAAAGAUGAUACAUGGAAAUUAUGCGACUUUGGUUUAACUGAAUUCCAAAAUGAUGCAAAUGGUUUUGGUAACCUUUCUUCCCUUGAAGAGGAAGCUGGUGGUUCUCUUGCUUAUUGUGCUCCAGAACAAACUCGCAGUAAGGCUCCAUUAAAGGAUCCGGCUGUUGACAUAUGGAGUUUAGGUGUCGUAUUAUAUGCCCUUGUGGUAAAUCAUUUACCUUUUGUGGAUGAUUUCGCUCCACGUUUACAACUAAAAAUUAUGAACGGACGUUAUGACGAAUCAGCUCUUUCUGAAGCUGGUGUUAGUGAUGAUUUAAAAGAUUUGUUGAAACAAAUUUUUAAAACAAACCCCGCUCAAAGAAUAUCAAUUAAUCAAGUACUGGAACAUCAAUGGUGUCAGCAAUAA